CAAAGUUCCUGAAAUUACAGUCGUUGGCUAUUACUCUCAAUCUGGCUAAAAACUCACUGGCUGGCUCAUUAAUAUUCUGCAUUGUCCUGUAAAACUUAAAACGCUGAGUAUACUGGGUUGGUUUGGGGGAAAGGUGGUCUACCAACAGUUUCUCUCAGCAUACGUUUUUUCAGUUACAUUGUCAGGGUUCACCAGUGAUUUAAUAAGUGAGUAGAUUUCACCGUCGACUGAGUUGAUGAAGACUUUGAUGUUCUUCUUGUUAGCCGCGGUUACCUGAUCAGCAUUCUCUGCGUCUUCUGGUCAAGUCGUUAACAUUGAGAUAAAAUUCAUAUCGUUCAAACCAUUCACGGAUGUUGCUCGACUUCGAGUAACAAUGGGGACAACAAUUAAAGUACUGUCUCUGAACAUGUGGGGGGUCCCGUUUGCCAGCAAGAAGAUUAAACAGCGCUCAGAACACCUGAUAGAACACCUUAUGGUGUCAGAUUAUCAGAUUGUGGGGUUACAAGAGGUUUUUACCUCCUGGCAUGCUAAACUUAUACAGGAUGGUGUCAAGUCAAUAUUUGGUCAUAGUCACUGGUUCAGAAGCGGAUCUUUGGGUAGUCCUGGUUUGCUUGUCCUCUCCAGGUACCCUAUAGUUGAGAUAGCAUUCCACCCGUUUGCUCUAAAUGGGUACCCACAGCGUGUAGCACAUGGGGACUGGUGGGCAGGUAAAGGAGUUGGUUUGUGUAGAAUUGACCACCCAUUAGCUACAGUUGACUUCUACAUAACUCACAUCCACGCUAACUACACACAUACUGGCUAUGAUAUGUACACUGGACACAGGGUGAGUCAGAUGUAUUGCAUGGCUAAGUACAUAGCAAGAAGUUGCGACUCUGACGCUAUAAUAGCGGUAGGGGACUACAACUGUAAGGAGGACGAGGUUGCAACAGAGGUGUUUGUUGAGGCGUCGGGGUUAACUGACAGUUACAGAGAACUACAUCCAGAUAAGAUAAAUGAUCCCGGUUACACUAACGAUACACCAGAGUGUAGCUGGAGAGCAGACACCAGUCUGGCCACGCUCUGCAGUAAUGGAACCUGUAAACGUAUUGACUACAUCUUCUUCAACUCCACUAAGCUCUCCUGUACAGACUCUUUAGUAGUGAUGGGUAAAAUACCCGGCCAGACUUUCUCUUACUCUGACCACUUGGGAGUGUCCAGUACAUUUGUAUUGAAACCCCCCUCCAGUGCAGUUCGUGUGUGUAAACUAUCUAAAAGUACUGCGGAGGGAGCACUGGAGUGUAUACACAGAAGCUUAGCAGCUACCCAUGUAGAUAGCACGCAGAAGGUAGUGUUGUGGUUGUGUUUAACAGUGGUGUGGUGUGUGGUGGUAGUGGCAGCUGUAUUAGAGCUGUUACCUGCAGUAGUACUGGUACUUGUGGGGAGUAUCCUCGCUGCUGCUGCUACUGCUGUAUUCUGGUAUCUUGUUAUCUUCUGUAGGUCUGAGAGUUCUAAAUUCUCUGAAGCUUUCGAUGAGAUGCAGAUACUCACUAGGUUUGCUGAGUAGUUAACAGUUAAUUAUAUGAAGCCCCCCUCCCUCCUGUUACCAUGGUUACAGCCUCCCCCAUCUACUAAUACACCCUGUAUGUUAGGUGAUGCAUCACCUAAUAUACAGGGUGUAUUGUACUUUUAAAACAGCAGUACUUUUGUUUUAAGGGGGGUUCACCAUGAUUUUCUUGUGAAAUUUUAUUUCGAGAUAGGGGACCACUAGCUACAAGUAGAGCACCUAAAAUCUGGGUUUUGAGCAUAUUAAGAUGAUUUGGCAUAAUUGGGCAUA